AUGGAAAGGAUUUUACCCUUCCUCAUUGCCACAAUCCUCGCAACUUCUCAUGCUUCGCCUAGUAGUAGUAGCGAACCUCAUCUCAUCCACCUUCUCCGGCCAAAACAUGGCGCCGGUGGCCACGCCCUAAAAGGUGUAUCAUGUCUCAGCUGGCGCUUCGGCGUUGAGACUAACAACAUCCGUGGCUGGAAAACAAUUCCAUCUAAAUGCGAGGACUACGUCGGCCACUACAUGCUGGGCAGUUUAUACCGGAAAGAUUGCAAAGUUGUCGUCGACGAAGCUAUUCUCUACGCUGAGAACCUCAAACUCACCGGAGAUGGGAAGGACGUUUGGAUCUUCGACAUCGAUGAGACCAUCCUCUCCAACCUACCUUACUAUGCCAGACAUGGAUUUGGGGUAGAACCAUUUAACUCAACGUUAUUCAAUGAAUGGGUUAAUACUGGAGAGGCACCUCCACUGCCUGAGAGCCUGAGGCUUUACAGGAAGUUGCUCUCCUUAGGUUUGAAGAUUGUCUUCUUAACAGGAAGAUCUGAAGAUCAAAGAAAAGCCACCUCAACCAAUCUUAAGAAAGCAGGAUUUCAUACUUGGGAGAAGCUCAUACUAAAAAAAUCAUCCAAUCAAGGAACCACAGCAGUUGUGUACAAAUCAGGAGAGAGGAAGACGCUUGAAGAGAGUGGUUACAGAAUUGUUGGGAACAUUGGAGAUCAAUGGAGUGACAUCUUAGGGAACAACACUGGAAAUAGGACCUUCAAGUUGCCGGAUCCUAUGUACUACCUUAGUUGA